AGCCAGCUAACUACCCCAUCUCGUAACACUAUUAAAGAAGAGAAAAGGUUUUCCAUGAUGCGUGGAAGUAGCCUAAUUUACAGAGGAAAAGGUGAAGAAAGUGUCAAGAAAUGCUUCCAGAGAGUAUUAACCUGUCAAUGAUCAAACGUCCCUUUGAUGAGGCAGGGAGCAUCUAGAAACAGCAGCAAGAGACCCUAAUCUUUUUUUGAGAGAAAGAUCUGAGACAACUCACUGAAGCUUUCAUGCAACGCGGCUAGAAAAGCAGAGGAGUGCAUUGCAGAAGAGGAAGUUCCUCUGUCAAAGAGGUUCAGAACUUCAAAGUGGUUCCUGAUGUUCUCCUUGAAAAUGAUGGCUUCCAUGAGACUGAGAAAGAUGAUGACUUUCAUAGUGACUUUGAUGUCUGCUGGGUUCUGUUUGCUUAUCAAGCUGAAUUCUGACAGACUGUGCAUAUUCUGUCAAGCAAAAUAUGAGGUCAUUUCCUAUAAGAGAGACAGUGGAAAUUUUCUGAACCAGCCACAUGUGAAUUGCAGUAGGGACACUCCAUUCCUGGUCAUUCUUGUAACAUCAUCUCCUGGCCAGUCAAAUGCUCGAACGGCUAUCCGUGAGACCUGGGGCAAAAAAGGAUUAGUAGCCAACAAACGCAUUGUGACCUAUUUCCUCCUAGGAACUACUUUGAAUCACAAUGACCAUAUGGCUGUUACUGCUGAGAGCGUGAAAUAUAAAGACAUCAUCCAGAAGGAUUUUAUAGAUACCUAUUACAAUUUAACAUUAAAGACCAUGAUGGGCAUUGAAUGGAUUCACAAAUUCUGUCCACAGUCUAGCUUUGUGAUGAAAACUGACUCUGAUAUGUUUGUCAAUACUUAUUACCUGACUGAAUUGCUUGUCAAGAGAAACAGGAAUACCAGAUUCUUCACUGGCUUUUUAAAACUGAAUGAUCGUCCAGUACGACAAUGGUUAAGUAAGUGGUAUGUAAGUAAAUAUGAGUAUCCAGGAAACAAGUACCCUCCCUUUUGUUCAGGGACUGGUUAUGUUUUUUCCACAGAUGUUGCUAGUCAGGUGUAUAACAUUUCUGAAAAUGUCCCCUUUGUUAAGCUAGAGGAUGUUUUCAUAGGUCUGUGCCUUGCAGAACUCAACAUUAAAUUGGAAGAACUCAGCUCAAAGCAAACAUUCUUCCCAGAAAGGCUUGACUUUUCUCCUUGCCGCUUUAAGAAAAUUGUGACCAGUCAUUUUGUCAAACCUUAUGAGCUGCGGACCUACUGGAAUGCACUGGAGCAGUCCAUGGAUCAAGAAUGUUCAGGUGGCUGAUACUUUCCAGCUUCAAAAACGGUCUUAAAAUAGUACUCAAGACACAAAGAGCAACAUGUGAUGAAGAGCUGUCUUAUACUGAGUCAGAGCAUUGGUCCAUCUAGCCCAGUAGUGUCUGCUCUGGCUCGCAGUCUCCAGGGCAGCAUAAGUUCGAGGUCAGAUGCCCAAGAUCUGUUUCCUUAAAACACACACACACACCCCAGAAGUUCCCAGAGAUAGGAUCUGGAACCUUCUACAUAUUGGCUGACAUCCUGACUAAAUUGGCAAAGAGGCACAUUUUUAACAUGGUGAUUCUCUUUAUUUAGCAGGGGGAGAGUCACUGGCCCUAUCCACCCUCAGCACAGUACCUCCAGUGACUGUUGCUGGUGUCUAUCUUAUGUUUCUUUUUAGAUUGUGAGCCCUUUGGGGAUAGGGAGCCAUCUUAUUUAUUUAUGAUUUCUCUGUGUAAACCGCCCUGAGCCAUUUUUGGAAGAAAUUGGUAUAGAAAUUGAAUGAAUAAAACUAACAACUAUGA